AAAGCUAUUCUCCAGAGCCUUUUCUUCAAAACCUUCUCUGCAGAGGAGAAGAGGUUGCAGAAUAACAUUAUCGGGUCAGUGUCCCUUAAUAUAAUGGAUAAAUUAGAACUACUACUGUCCCGCGGAGGAGAUGCUUUUCGAGAAAAGCUCGAGACUUUCCUCCGGUCAGCCGUUUGCCUGUGGGAUGCAGUGCGAGGAUGUACGCAGUGGAUUACUACGACAUAUAACUCAAAUAUGUUUUGUGAUAGCUGGCGCUUCUACGGUAAUACCGAUCAAAUAAUCGCGCCCUUUACUUCUGGCCCCGCAGCAAUGGUUUUAUUUCCUCACAUCUUUUGUGAAGGCGAGGAAAAGCCGCUUUACCCUGGUCUAUUAUGGAUUAAAGAUAGCGACUCUCAACCUCAGUUUUCCGAAGAUAAUAACUCCUCCUCUUGUUGCUAA